AAUUCUGUUAAUUUCAAAUGUGACAAUCAAAAUAAACAAAAUAAUUAUCCUAUUGUGUAUUGUGGUUGAUUGUUCCAGUGGGUGAUACCAUAAUGAAUAAGGAUGAGAAUUCAUCGAGGUUGCUUUCAGUCAUUCAAUAUUAUUUUUGAUUAACUCAUCUUUACGUUAUUCGGAUUAUGGAAGAAAAUUACAACUUUGUGUCUUGUAUGAAAAUUAACGGAGUGCCUAUUCUGCCUCCUUUGAUCACCCCUGAUAGAAGAAAAGAACUAUUGGAAUAUAAGGAGAAGGCUGUUCUUCUAGAACAAGCUUACCAAAAUAAAAGACCUCAACCUAAUCUCCCAGAGAAAAAACAUUUGAAAGAUGUUAUGACCUCAAAAAAUGAUCAAUCUGCCUGUUUGGAGAAAGUUUUAAAUGAAAGUGAUAUGAAAUAUGUGCCUUAUGGAAAUUUAUCAUCAGAUAAUUCCGAUCAGUGUAAAAAUCUCUCUUCUGCAGAAAUUAGUGAUAAUAUACCUAACAUUAAUGAGUCUGAACCAAGUGGUCAACUUUACAAAUACACGUCUUAUGGUUGUACAGAUAAAAUUCCUGAAAAUGAUGUUAAUCAAACCGAAGGUGCUAGUAAGCCCCGCCUAAUAAGGAGCAAUUCUUACACAUUAGAUACUCCCAGUUCUAUUCUGUUAGAUCACUUGAGAAGGCAGAGUGCUUCUUCAUGUGGACAAACCAUGUCCUGUGUAAAGAACGAUGGGGGAUUCAAAAGCACAAAAAAGAGUUCACAGAAACCUGAGGAAACAAAAGAAAUGCCAAAUGACACAAACCAUCCGGUAGAUUUGAAAUCGAAUGUAUCUGAGAGCACGUUUAUUUCUGGCGCUUUUAAUCAACCUUCACUUGAAGUCAUUACUACUGAUAUCACUGUUCAACAAAUAAAUUUUACUAGUCCUGAUAUCAAUGAAGAUGACAUUAAAAAUGGCACCUCAUAUGAUCCAACAAAUAUAAAUAUGAAAUGCAUCGGGGAUAGUGGCGAGAUAUCCUCGAGAGUUGAUCCAGAAAUCGAAUUGCACGCGAUUCUAAAACAGAUACCUGAAAAUUAUGCAAAAAAAAUUAUGAGCUUGAUCGAAGAACAAAAAAAAGAACAAUUGAAAAGAGCACAAAAUUACGAAUUUAUAAAAACCCAAAUGUUACAAUCUGGAGAUUUUGAGAAAAGGGUUUCCAGUGAAAUUCCUUCCCCAACAAAGAUCUUUGUAAAAAGUGCUUUCAAUCCACCGUCAAAUACAGCUAAGGGUGGCUCAGUAAAUAGUAUAAGCAGCAGACCAGAAAGUCACGAUUCUCAGUAUUAUACAACAGAAAAAUCUGCUGCAUCUUCAUUAAAUGAGAGUCAAACCUUGCCUUUUGACAUUUCCACAUCGAGUUCAGAAUCUUUGGACAAUUUCAGUUUGAGAACGUUUAGGAUUUUGGAACUUAAAAGUGAAGCCAAUGAUAUUCCAACAUAUCCUAAUACUACGAAUCCAUAUUUUUCCAAGGAAUUAAUAUUGUCUGAAGAUGAAAUAAGAAAAUGUAAUGAGUUGAAAGAUUUAAAACAAAGUGAAAUUAAGAGGUUGAAAGAGGAAAAGGCUGCAAGUAUUAUUGGUGCUUACGUAAAAGGCUACUUAGUCCGAAGAUUGAUGAAAACUGUCAAGGUGAAAACAAUAAUUCAAACAAUACAAGAUGCAUUAGUUUGUGCUUUGGAACUACAGAGUUCUGAAAAUAUUGAAGAAGCAGAUGUAGAAUUGCAUAGGAAGCUAAUAAAACUGGUUUCAUCGGCCUGUUUUGAAUUUCACGACAUAUUUUUCGCCCUAUCCAUCCCCGAACAAAUGGAUAUCAUAGCUAUGGACAGAGAAAAACUGAAAAAGACAUUGACCGUCAGAUCCACUCGUUCCAGUACAGAAAUCAGACAAUUAUCAAGAACAUCAAAUAUCAGAGCAUCUAAAAGUUUGACCCGAAUUUGAUAUUUAGACUUGGUAUUCUCAUUUUAAUGGUGGAUAACGAAUGGCUACAAAUUGAACGCACAACUAAAAAACUGCUGGCAAUAUUAAAUCAGAUAUUUUUGUAACAUAUCAAGAUGCUUCAUAUUGAAGAAAAUUUGUUUCUUAGUUAGCCUCCAUGAAUUUUUGAAUAUUGAUUACCAGGAUUUUUGUAUGUUAACGUAUUUUUUAAAAAUUAAUGAUUAUUUGUGAUGUUCUACAAAAUAUAUAUUGAUAUUUCUUAC